AUGGGUAUUAAAGGUUUAACUGGGAUCAUCUCUGAAAAUGCCCCACUUUCAAUCCGUAAGAGUGAAAUAAAAUCCUUUUUCGGUCGUAAAGUUGCCAUUGAUGCAUCAAUGUCACUGUAUCAAUUCUUGAUCGCAGUUAGACAACAGGACGGUGGUCAAUUGACUAAUGACAAUGGUGAAACCACUUCUCAUUUGAUGGGUAUGUUCUAUCGUACAUUACGUAUGAUAGAUAACGGGAUUAAACCAUGCUAUGUGUUUGAUGGUAAACCUCCAGUGUUGAAAUCUCAUGAAUUAGGCAAACGUUCUGCUCGUAGAGAAGAAACAGAGAAGAAAUUGGCUGAAGCUACCGAUGAAGCUGAAAGGAUGAAGCAAGAAAGAAGAUUAGUUAAAGUAUCAAAAGAACAUAAUGAUGAAGCUAAGAAAUUAUUAGGAUUGAUGGGGAUUCCAUUCGUUAAUGCUCCCGGUGAAGCUGAAGCUCAGUGUGCAGAAUUGGCUAAAAAGGGUAAAGUAUAUGCUGCAGCAAGUGAAGAUAUGGAUACAUUAUGUUAUAGAACACCUUAUUUGUUAAGACAUUUGACUUUUUCAGAAGCAAAGAAAGAGCCUAUUCAAGAGAUAAAUACCGAAUCUGUAUUAGAAGGUAUGAACCUUACAAUUGAUCAAUUUAUUGACCUAGGUAUCAUGCUAGGUUGCGAUUAUUGUGAUAACAUUAGAGGUGUUGGUCCUGUAACGGCUCUAAAAUUAAUGAAGGAAUUUGGUUCUUUAGAGAAAAUUGUAGAACAUAUAGAGAGUGAUUCAACAAAGACUAAAUGGAAAGUACCUGAAAAUUGGCCAUAUAAGGAGGCUCGGGAUCUGUUUGUACAUCCAGAUGUCAUUGAUGGUAAAGAAAUCAAUUUGAAAUGGGAACCACCAAAGGAACAAGAAUUGAUUGAUUAUUUAUGUAAAGAAAAACUUUUCAGUGAGGAGAGAGUUAAAGCUGGUAUUGAAAGAUUAAAGAAAGGCUUAAAAUCAGGUACACAAGGUCGUCUUGAUAGUUUCUUUAAAGCGGUACCAAAAACCAAAGAACAAUUAGCAGCAGCAGCAGCAAAGGCUAAAGCUAACAAGAAAAACGCUAAGGGCAAAGGUAAAGUUGGCAAGGGUAGACGAUAA